UUGUAAUUUCAUCGAUCAGUCGAGUCUAUGUAAGGAAUCAUGCAUCAAUAUCAAUAUCCUAAAAUAGUUCUUCCUCCAGCCGUCAUUGCAACAUCUGUCAUAAAACCUCGAGCAACCUCCCAAAAAUCUCAACCACGUUUCUCUCCCAGUGUUCCAAAUUCCAUUAAGUUUUAUGCUUUACAGCAAUGGUACUUUGAAUUCCCAUAUGGUGAUUAUGUUUCAUCAUCCUUAUUUUCUGCUAAAAGAGCUCAACCACCUGUAACUGGAAGCCUCCAAUAUGAAGCUUCACCACAAAAUCCCAAAUCAUUAGACAAAAUCACCCUUUUUGAUGGCUCUAAUCAUACAAACCCUUUGGAUAUACUUGAGAAGGGUAAUAAGAUUAUAGACAAUGGAGACAAAAAUGAUGUUGAAGUGAAGCACAAUUCAACAGUGGACAAGGUUCAAGAAAAUGGAGGUUUGGUUACAAAUAAUGCUACACAAUCUGUUGGAAAUUUAUCUAUCAAUAAUGUUAGUUAUUCAACCUUACAAGAAAAAAAUCCAGAUGUUGCAAGUUCACCAACUCCUAUAACACCCUCAACAUCAAUAGUUUCUAUUUCUCCUUCAAUGGCAAUAUUGGAUAAUAACACAUCUAAAGCAGAUAUAGGUGGACCGAAUUCAGACCACAAGCACAAAUCUUCUAAAUCACAUAAAAAACACGUGAAGAAAAUUCCAUCAAUGGGGGAUGUAGUGACAAUUUCCAACAUGUACGACAUUUUACUUUAUAAUCGUGCUAAUGUUCGAUCCAUGAAACCAUUGUGGUCUUUAAAAGUUGAUCAAGAAUUACUUGAUGCAAAAUAUCAGAUUGAGAAUGCUCCAAUCAAUGACAAUGAUCGGGCGCUUUAUCCUCCUCUAUAUCGUAAUGUAUCGAUGUUUAAAAGGAGCUAUGAAUUAAUGGAAAAGAUUCUCAAGGUUUACGUUUACAAAGAGGGAGAAAGACCUAUAUUCCACCACCCACAAUCGGUUCUUAGUGGAAUUUAUGCCUCUGAGGGAUGGUUCAUGAAGCAUAUGGAAGAAAGCAAACAUUUUGUCACUAAUGACCCCAAACAAGCUCAUCUAUUUUAUAUUCCUUUUAGCUCUCGAAUAUUAGAAGAAAAAUUAUACGUGACUGGAUCCGGAAGUCGCAACAACUUGGUACAACACUUGAAGAACUACCUUAAUCUGGUUGCUGCGAAAUAUGAUUCAUGGAAUAGAACUGGUGGGUCCGAUCAUUUCCUCGUUGCUUGUCAUGAUUGGGCAACAGACGAGACAAGAAAAUCCAUGGACAGUUGCAUAAGAGCUCUAUGCAAUUCAGAUGUGAAAAGAGAAGGUUUCCAAUUAGGAAAAGACGUUUCUCUCCCUGAAACAUACGUCCGCUCACCCCAAAACCCAUUACGCGAACUCGGAGGCAAACCCCCUUCCCAACGCCCGAUCCUCGCCUUUUUUGCAGGCCAAAUGCACGGUUAUGUCCGCCCCAUUCUCCUAAAACAUUGGGAAAACAAAGACCCCGACAUGAAAAUCUUCCAGAAGCUUCCAAAAUCUAAAGGAAACAAAAACUAUAUUCAAUACAUGAAGAGUAGCAAGUAUUGUAUUUGUGCUAAAGGUUAUGAGGUGAAUAGUCCUAGAGUGGUGGAGGCUAUUUUUCAUGAAUGUGUUCCCGUGAUUAUAUCGGAUAAUUUUGUCCCACCUUUUUUUGAGAUCUUGAAUUGGGAAUCGUUUGCGGUUUUUGUUCAAGAAAAAGAUAUUCCGAAUUUGAAGAAUAUUCUCGCUUCUAUAUCGAAGAGGAGGUAUUUGGUGAUGCAACAAAGAGUUAAGAAGGUACAGCAACAUUUUCUAUGGCAUGUUAAGCCUGUGAAAUAUGAUAUAUUUCAUAUGAUUUUGCAUUCGAUAUGGUAUAAUAGAGUUUUUAGAGUAGAUUCGGGUAGUUAGUUAGUUAUUGUGAAUAUAUUUUUUCAAAAUGCGAUUUUUAAAUAACAUGUC